AUGACCAUCGAGGAGAUGGUUGCUAUGUUCUUAAUGGUACUAGGUCAUGGUGUUGGAAAUCGAAUGAUCCAGGAAAGGUUUCAACAUUCAGGAGAAACUGUUAGUAGACACUUUCAUCAUGUUUUAUAUGGGUGUUCGAAAUUGACUAGGGACAUUAUUAAACCAAAAGAUUCAACAUUUUAUGAUAUACAUCCUAAACUAAAAGAAGAUAAAAGGUAUUGGCCAUAUUUUAAAAAUUGCAUUGGAGCUAUAGAUGGAACACAUGUAUCAUGUAUUGUCCCUUCGAAAGAUCAAAUUAAAUACAUUGGAAGAAAAGGUUUCACUUCUCAAAAUGUUAUGCCAGUAUGUGAUUGGGACAUGUGUUUCACAUUUGUUUGGCCUGGAUGGGAAGGUACUGCACAUGAUGCUAGGAUAUUUAAUCAAGCGCUUAAAAGAUCAGAUCUUAAUUUUCCUCAUCCACCACCAGAUAAAUACUAUUUAGUGGACUUGGGUUAUCCAACAAUGAUUGGUUAUUUAGGACCAUAUAAAGGGGAACGUUAUCAUCUCCCUGAUUUCAGACGUAAUUCUAACUUCAGAAAUUCAAAUGAGACUUUCAAUUUCUUUCACUCCAGUUUGAGAUGUACAAUUGAAAGAACAUUUGAAGUUUGGAAAAAUAGAUUUGCUCUCCUACGUUCAAUGCCAUCUUUUAAAUUCGAAACUCAAGUUCAUCUUGUUAUAACUACUAUGGCUAUACAUAAUUUCAUACGACAACACUCUACUACUGAUAAAGAUUUUAACUAUUAUGAUAACAAAGACAUCAUCACAGAGAUCGAAGAAGCAGACCAGCCUUUUGGUAUACCUUCAGAAAUACAAGACAGAUAUUCUACAAGUAUGGAGAUAUUGCGUGAUAAAAUUAGGGAAGAAAUCAUUGAGAAUUUUUGUGAUGUAUGA